GGAUCGUAAGCCUAGGACAAAUAUUUCCCCGUCUUCAUUUGAUUAGUUUAGUCUAGUCAAAAUGGCGAACCUCAUGUAGGGGUCGAGUACGACUAUAUGUCAUAUUUUCAUAACUUUCAGGGAGCUUAUUUUCUUUAUUGUCUGCUCUCCUGCGAGCCAUGUUCGCAAACAUAGCUCUGCGGACCGUCCUGAAAUCGCCAGCUGGUGUUUUGCGAGAGCUGUGCUCUGCUGCACCCGUGAAACCGUGGACAUGCAGCUCGGCUUUAUUAUCAAGAGCGAGAGACAAAUGCGCUGCAGGACACUUUGCUGUUCCACCACCAGUGAGACAUUAUGCUCGGGCUGCAAAGAAAAAGAAGACAGGACCUCAGAGCCAGCUCAGUGAUCUUCCUCCAACAAUGCUGAGGAUGGAAUAUUCAGCCAUACCCCUCGCUCAAACAACUGAUGAUAUUGUCAAAAGGCUUCUUUCAUUGGAGUUAGCAUGUCAUAGUGACAAGCUACAGCUGAAAAAGGAACAGCUGAUUGAGAAAGUCCAGAGGGAUGAGAGUGACCGCAGCUCAGUGGAAGUCCAGGUGGCUAUUUUGACAACGAGAAUCAGAAACUAUCAGGAGCACCUGCAAAUACAUCACAAGGACAAAGCCAACAAGAGGCGGAUGCUCAUGGCCAUUGACCUAAGGAAAAAGCUUUUGAAACGCCUUAGGUUGGUUCGCUAUGAUGCCUUUGAGAAAGUUUGUGAGCAGCUGGGCAUCACCUACACCUUCCCCCCAGAGUACUAUAGACGGGCUACCCGUCGCUGGCUGGCCAAGAAGGCCCUCUGCAUUAAGGUCUUCAAAGAAAUGCAGAGGCAGAAAGCAGAGCAGAGACUAAAGAUGAAGCAAAGUUUAGCUUCCACAGAAACAGAGGCAGCUAAGACAAAAGCCAGUACUCAGUAAAAGACAACAUACUGUAUAUUACAAUGCUUGAUUCUAAAUGCUUGUCUUAACCACCAUCUUUACUUUUCCACCUUAAGAUGUGGUAGUGUAGCAUGUGGAGAACCAGCUCCCUUUUUUUCAUGUGUUACCAUUAUAAGAUAUUAUUAUUUGCUUGUGCUUUCAGGUUGAUGUCAGAAUUGUCUGAAAAUGUCAGAAUUAAAUGGAAUAAAGUGACCUAGAAAGUGAUGUAUA